CAGGUCAGUAGGGGGCGGUAAUGCACCUGUAGUUGGCCUGAAAACCGCCAUAAAUCCAAUAGAAGAAGAUUCUGUAUGGUUACAGAGAAACAGGAUCUGAUCUGCUGCAGAGACCAUUGACCUCUUGCCACAAGUCUUCUGCUGCACCUAGCCUUUGUUUCUGCUUGUCCCUUCAAACCUUCUGCCUCAAGAAUCACCAUGGCGACAGAACUCGUAGUGUCGUCGUCCGAAGAGAUAAAAUGUGAAGAUAUAGUUUCCAGAAACUCCGUUACCAAGAAAGAACCCUGCUUACCUGAUUACUGUUCUCCACAAGAAGAAACCACAACCAGUACACACAGCAUAACGAAACAGAGGGACAUCCAAAAAAAUAAGAGCGUUCACACUGGAGAGAAACCGUAUCACUGCUCAAAGUGUGGACAGAGUUUUACGAAGAUUGAGGGCCUCAAUAGUCACCAGCGUGUUCACACCGCCGAGAAACCGUAUCAGUGCUCAGACUGUGGGAAGAGUUAUUGCCGACCAAGUACUCUUCAAAUACACCAGCGCAUUCACACUGGAGAGAAACCGUUUCACUGCUCAGACUGUGGAAAAAGCUUUAUAGAGAGUAGUAUCCUCAGAAAUCACCGGCGCGUUCACACUGGGAAGAAACUGUAUCCCUGCUCAGAGUGCGGGAAGAGUUUCAGUCAAAAGAGUAAUCUUCAAACACAUCGGCGCAUUCACACUGGAGAAAAACCGUAUUACUGCUCAGAGUGCAAAAUGAGUUUCAGUCAACAGAGUGCCCUUCAAAAACACCAACUUAUUCACACUGGAGAAAAACCGUAUCAGUGCUCAGAAUGUGGAAUAGCCUUUAGAGAGAGUGGUACCCUCAAACAACACCAGCGCGUUCACACUGGAGAGAAACCGUAUCAGUGUUCAGACUGCGGGAAGAAAUUCAGUUUACUGAACAGUCUUCGAAUACAUCGGCGCAUUCACACUGGAGAGAAACCGUAUCAGUGCUCAGACUGUGGGAUGACCUUUAGAGAUGAUCGUGCCCUCACAAAACACCAGCGCGUUCACACUGGAGAGAAACCGUAUCAGUGCCCAGAGUGCGGGAAGAGUUUUAGAGAGAAUGGUACUCUUAAAAGACACCGGAGAAUUCACACUGGAGAGAAACCGUAUCGGUGCUCAGAAUGUGGAAUAAGCUUUAGUGCAAGUAAUACCUUUAAAAAUCACCAGCGCGUUCACACUGGAGAGAAACCGUAUCACUGUUCAGUGUGUGGGAAGAGUUUUAAAAACAGUAGUCACCUCAAAACUCAUCAGCGCGUUCACACUGGAGAAAAAACCUAUUACUGCUCAGACUACUGCGGGAAGAGUUUUACUGCACAGAGUGAUCUUAAAAAACACCAGCGCAUUCACACUGGAGAGAAACCGCAUCAGUGCUCAGAGUGUGGAAAGAGUUUUGUCCAGCUGAGUGGUCUUAAAACACAUCAGCGCAUUCACACUGGAGAGAAACCGUAUCAGUGUUCAGAAUGCGGAAUGAGUUUUAGACAGAAUGAUACGCUUUUAAAACACCAGCGCAUUCACACUGGAGAGAAACCGUUUCAGUGCCCAGAUUGUGGAAAGUGUUUUAAUCUACGGAGUAACUUAAAAAAACACCAGCACAUUCACACCGGAGAGAAACCGUAUUAUUGCUGCGAGUGCGGAAUGAGUUUUAGAGAAAGUGGUACCCUCAAAAAACACCAUCGCCUUCACACUGAAGAAAAACCCUAUCAGUGUUCAGACUGUGGGAAGAGUUUUAUCCAGCUGGGCGGUCUUAAAACACAUCAGCGCAUUCACACUGGAGAGAAACCGUAUCACUGCUCAGAGUGUGGACAGAGUUUUGGAAAGAGUGGUACUCUCAAAAACCACUUGCGUAUUCAUACUGGAGAGAAACCGUUUCAGUGCUCCGAGUGUGGACAGAGCUUUAGAAAGAGUGGGACCCUCAGAGCUCACCAGCUAAUUCAUACUGGAGAGAAACCGUAUCCCUGCACGGAGUGUGGACAGAGUUUUAGGAACAGUGGGACUCUCAGAAAACACCAGCGCGUUCACACUCGAGAGAAACCGUAUCACUGCGCUGAGUGCGGGAGGAACUUCCAACAUUCAAAGCUGAAAAAGCAUAAAUGCAUUAAAAACGGAGUUAAAAACUUUCUAAUCCAGAAAUGUAAUUAACGCAACGUGUGUUAAGAUGAUUUCACACUGAACGCAGCAGAUUUGCGACUGCAUAAUAAAAAAAAAUGGAUUUUUAAAAAAAUUUUAUGCAUACAGAGACUGGAUUAACAUAUGCGCAUUGCAGGUCACAGAACAUUAGCGUAAACACACGCAGAAUACACGCUGCAGUCUAUAGGAGAACCAAUCAACGUAAUGCGGAACUAAUGUUUAGCACUGACUGAAAACAGCAGAGCAAUUUAGAUAAUUCCUUCGUGCUGUCUCGCUCUCACGCUGUCUGUCUCUCAAGCUGUCUGUCUCUCUCUCGCUUUUUCUCGCUCUCUCACUCGCACUGUCUAUCUCUCGCUCUCUAGGUCUCUGUCUCACUCUCUUUCUUUUUCUCUCACUCGAGCCAUCUGUCUCUUGCUCGCUCUCUUUUUUGCUUGCUCUCUCUCUCACUCGUCUCUCGCUCACUUACUCUCUCUCUCGCUUGCUCUCACUCGCGUCUUCUGUCUCUCUCUCCCCCUCUUUCUCGCUCACUUUCUCUCUUACUCGCGGCGUCUCUUUCUUGCUCUCUCGCUCACUCUCUCACUCGUGCCGCCUGUCUCUUACUCGCUCUCUCACUCACGCAGUCUGUCUCUUUCUUGCUCUCUCUCUCUCGCUCACUCUCUCACUCGCGCCGUCUGUCUCUUUCUUGCUCUCUCUCGCUCGCUCUCUUACUCACGCCGUCUGUCUCUUAGUCGCUCUCUUACUCGUGCCGUCUGUCUCUGUCUUGCUCUCUCUCUCUCGCUCACUCUCUCACUCGCGCCGUCUGUCUCUUUCUUGCUCUCUCUCUCUUGCUCGCUCUCUCACUCACACCGUCUGUCUCUUAGUCGCUCUCUUACUCGCGUCGUCUGUCUCUUUCUUGAUCUCUCUCUCUCGCUCUCUCACUCGCGCCGUCUGUCUCUUUCUUGCUCUCUCACUCGCUCGCUCUCUUACUCACGCCGUCUGUCUCUUAGUCGCUCUCUUACUCGCGUCGUCUGUCUCUUUCUUGCUCUCUCUCUCGCUCAUUCUCUCACUCGCGCCGUCUGUCUCUUACUCGCUCUCGCACGCUCUCUCACUCACGCCGUCUGUCUCUUACUCGCUCUCGCUCGCUCUCUCACUCACGCCGUCUGUCUCUUAGUCGCUCUCUUACUCGCGUCGUCUGUCUCUUUCUUGCUCUCUCUCUCUCGCUCAUUCUCUCACUCGCGCCGUCUGUCUCUUACUCGCUCUCGCUCGCUCUCUCACUCACGCCGUCUGUCUCUUACUCGCUCUCUCACUCGAGCCGUCUGUCUCUUACUCGCUCUCGCUCGCUCUCUCACUCACGCCGUCUGUCUCUUACUCGCUCUCUCACUCGAGCCGUCUGUCUCUUACCCGCUCUCUCUCGCUUGCUCUCUCACUCGCGCCGUCUGUCUCUUUCUUGCUCUCUCACUCGCUCGCUCUCUUACUCACGCCGUCUGUCUCUUACUCACUCUCUCUCUCGCUCGCUCUCUCGCUCUCUUACUCGCGCCGUCUGUCUCUUACUCGCGUCGUCUGUCUCUUACUCGCUUUCCCUCUCACUCGUGCAGGCUGUCUCUCUCACUCACUCUCUCUGUCAUUCGCGCCGCCUGCCUCUCUCGCUCACUUUUUCUCGCUCUCUCACUUGCGUCGUCUUUCUUUCACGCUCUUACUCGCUCUCUCUCUCACUCGUUUGUCUCUCGCUUGCUCUCUUUCUGUCUCAUGCUGUCUCUCUCUCUUACCUGCGCCGUCUGUUUUUUAUAUCUGACUCUGAUGUAAUAAAUCAGAAUGUGAUGUUUACAUGUUUACAGUUCAGACGGUGAUGAACUCAUAUCAGGAGCGUCUGUGAGUUGCAGUAUCAGGAGGACUGAAACAGUGGACUUUUUUAUUCAAAUUCUACUUUACAUUUUCUUUAGCACUUUUUAGCCCAAGCGUUAUAUGAGUGGAAGUGACUGACAAGUGCAAAUUUUUGGUGUCUGUUAAAAACCAACAAGACCUGUAAAGAAAAGCAUGUUCUUGCUUGUAAAUAAUAUUAAUAUCUUAUAUUACUGUAAUCAUGUACAUACUGCAAUCUAAAUUUAAAAAUGAAACACUAGUGUAAUAUUUAUGUAUUUAGCCGGUAUUUUACUACUUUUUUAUGUGCUAUUUUACUUGGCGAGGAGGAAAGAAAGAAUUUCAUUGUACAAAGAGACUUGUUUACUGUGCCGAUUACAAUAAACUCUGAACUUUAAACUUGA